UGCUAGAAGAACUGCUUUUCAGUGGGAUGGUACAUUAAAUCAGCUCCUUAAUCCUGGCAGUGGCACAGCUCGCAACUGCACGUCGAUGACCGAGAAGGCAGCAAAGAUGCGUGGCCCAUGACGGAGAGCGACGGCGCCGGCAGCCGCCAUGGCGGCCCGCGUGCUGCGGCCGCUGCCCAGACUGAAGCCAUUUAACAGACUGCAAGUAAUAUUACAGCAUUUGAAAAUGUGUAAACAUACUGAUUCUUCAGAUGAAGUGUUGUUGGAAAAGAAAGGAGGUGCAGGAAUAAUAACUUUGAAUAGACCCAAGGCUCUCAAUGCACUAAAUCUUUCUAUGAUCCAACAAAUUUAUCCACAAAUAAAGGCUUGGGAGCAAGAUCCUGCAACUUUUCUAAUAAUCAUAAAGGGAACUGGAGGAAAAGCUUUUUGUGCUGGUGGUGACAUCAGAGCCGUCACAGAUGCAGGAAAAGUUGGAGAUAGACUGGCACAAGAUUUCUUCAGAGAAGAAUAUACCCUGAACAAUGCCAUUGGCACUUGCAAGAAGCCUUAUGUGGCACUUAUUGAUGGCAUCACAAUGGGAGGGGGAGUUGGCCUUUCAGUCCAUGGACAUUUCCGAGUUGCUACAGAAAAGACUCUUUUUGCAAUGCCAGAAACAGCAAUAGGCCUUUUUCCUGAUGUCGGUGGAGGAUAUUUCUUGCCAAGACUUUCAGGAAAGAUUGGCUAUUACCUCGCGCUAACAGGAUUUAGGCUGAAAGGAAGAGAUGUGCUAAAAGCGGGCAUCGCUACACAUUUUGUAGAAUCUGAAAAGCUACCUGACUUAGAGAAAGACCUGAUAGCAUUGAAAUCUGCUUCAAAAGAAAAUAUUGCAGACUUACUGAACUCUUACCACAUGAAGAGCAAAAUUGAUCAAGAAAAGGAGUUUGUACUUGAUGAACAUAUGGAGAAGAUUAACAGUCUUUUCUCAGCAAAUAGCAUGGAAGAAAUUGUUAAAAAAUUAAAGGAAGAUGGUUCUGCUUUUGCCAUUAAGCAGCUAGAGACCAUUAAUAAGAUGUCACCUACAUCCUUAAAGAUGACUCUCAGACAGCUCAGAGAAGGAGCUUCCAUGAGCUUACAAGAUGUGCUCACGAUGGAAUACAGGCUGAGCCAAGCGUGCAUGAGAGGCCAUGACUUCUAUGAAGGGGUUCGAGCAGUGCUGAUUGACAAAGACCAAUCCCCCAGAUGGAAGCCAGCUGCUUUAGAAGAAGUCAGCGAUGAAUUUGUGGACAAUUGUUUUAAGCCACUGGGAAACAACGAUCUCAAGUUGCAAUGAUCGAGUCCAUUGACACCUUACACAAGUGCUUAAUUUUGUGAUAUAAAAAUGACUAGCAGUAAAGUAAAGCAGUAAAGCUUGACAAGACUUUUAGCUAGCCUGAGAUUAGUGUCUGCUUUUUUUGUGAUCAGGUACAUUCUCUUAAGCUACUGUAAUGACAAAAUAAUUAUCUCUUGUAUUAAUAAGGGGAAAAAUGACUUCAAGGCAAAUUACUCUUCUUACUGCUGUUAGACAGUGAUUAACAUUGUUUUUUUUUGCAUCAGCUGUUAGGAGGAACCGUGCAGGGAGACAGCAUGGUGAAGGGAUGACCUAAUAAGCAAGAAGUCAGGAGACUUUGGUGUUCUUGGCUCUGUCAGUGAGCUGUUAACCAGGAUUGUGCCUCAGGUUCUUCUCUAUACAGCAAAACUAAAAUAUACUUACAGCUUUAAAAUGGUCAACACUACAACGGGAAAUGUAAGACAUGCCAAAUUCAUGAUGCUAAGUGGUCUUUUAAAUAAAAGAUUAGACUGACAUAGUAUUAGCCUGAGAGCAAGAAAUUGUUCUAUUGAUUUAACAUUUGGUCAGUAUUCAGUCUUGCCACGUGAUACAGACAUUGUUUCCAACGUCAUAAUAUUGCCAGAGGCUACAGCAUGUUUCUGUUUGUUUGUCAAACCUUUUUAUUAUUUUUUUAAUGCCAUUGAUUGAACUACAUAAUGAGUUUUUUAUGAUUGCAAGCAUUGCUAGAGCCUGUCCUGGUCUCACAGGCAAAGCAGUAACUGUCUCAGAACUUUUGUCAGUGCCAAGGAGAACAUUUGCUGCUGCUGCAAAUUUGAGCUCAGCCCUAAUAUCGCAGGGGGCUGGAGCUGAGCUGUAUCAACCAGUCUGGGUUCACUUUCAUUUAUAUCCAUGAACAUCCUGAACUGGAAGUGUCCCUGUCUGCUGGGUAGAAAACUUGUGAAAAGCAGUAGGAACUGAUGAUACAGAGCAGUGGAAAACAAAGUAUCUGCUGCUACAUAGAUCCUGUAGUUCUUUAACACAACAUAGCCUAGCAAGUGUAUUUGUGGGCAUCAACAUCUAAACAGUUGGCAAAAAAACCCUCACUGUAUGUUCACUAAAGGUUGCUGGGUUGUGAUGCUAACAUUUACAUAUGUGUGACAUAUAUGUAUGGUUAUAUAUGACAUAACCAGAGCCCCUUGAUACAAUUAUCUUUUUUGGAUGAAAAUAAUUUUUCUAUUGUGCAUGCAACACAGCUACAAAUCUUUGUUCAGUGUUAAGACUGCACGCUUUUUUUAUGGCUAAUCAAGUCAGUAUCUCUUGCAACUUGUUUCUAGUUAUAGACAGGUCACAAAUACACAAUUUGGGCUCUGAACACCUAGGAAAGAUGAACCAAUGACAUUAAAGGAACAAGACUUUGGUUCAACACAGUCAGUUAUCAGCAGUGGGGAAUUAAAAAAGGCAGAGCCACGGUGGAGUUCUCGACAUCGGGCAGGUUUUGAUUCCAACAGUAAUGGUCUGCGCUGGCUUCGGGCUCCUUCCUGCCCAGAAGCUGCUGCCUGGAAACGAAGUUCAGGAAAUUCAAGCAUCAAGGUGAACUUCUAGACUGAGGUGAGCAAAAUCAAGAAAGGAAAUGGCACUUGGCAUUGUCACUAGAUUCUUUAAGAUAAAAUUGGUAAAAUUUCAGCUGCCAUUUAAUGUUACCUUGUACGUAUUUGCUAUGAGAUAGUCCCUGAAUUUAUUUUCAAAAGUAGUUGAGAGGCUUUGUUAAAACCUUUAGGAUAACUUCUGAAAAUACGACUUGAAUUUCUACCUCAUUGGUGCUGUAAGGAAUGUAAACCUCCCCCUUCUUUUUAUUUUUUAAUAUUUUACAUUCUUAAACAAUGGCUAUUUUUAAUUUAUUUAAACAAAAUUGGUUCAUUCCAAUAUUCUUGUACAAACCCAGCAAUUGUCAGCUACUAUAAAUAACAGAAAACAGAGCAAUCCCCAGGGUCAUAGGGAUCAUGCCUUCUGUGCUUGGAAAGGACCUAAAACACUUUAGCAAAAGCAUACUUCUGAAUGAAUAAACAUCAACUUGCAUGUUCAUUUGCUUCCAAAAUUUUUGUGAAGGGGAACUAUCCCAAGCUCAUGGUAACAAGACCCUGUCCAAUCUGUGCAUUUUUAUCAAAUAAAAGUCUUACAAGCA